AUGAUGUGCCCCACAAACCAUUCACAAGCCACCAUUUCACCAUCGCCUGCAGUAAGCGGGAGCCUCUUGAUUUAUACCGGUGGAGGCGUUCUCUUGAAGGUGUUACAACCACAUACCCAAGGCGGGCAACCCAUAGACAGCGAGGGCAUCUACGCGCCUGGGGAUAGAAGCAUCGCAGAGAUGUUUUAUCUCUGUCAGGUUCCCCUAGAGCCCAUCCACGUUGCUAUGACGGUCUCUACCACCGUCGAGUCCGAGCAGGAUUCCCCUCUUCAUACGUACCCGACCAUAUUACAGCAAAGACUGGUUGAGGCGGAGCGGCUGCUCAGAAGGAUCGAGGAGGUUGAACAAGAGUGGGAUAGCCUUCCAGCUCGCUUUGUUGUCAAGAUGUAG